CACUGUUCCUGUCUGUGACUCGGUGUCGGUCUCGCGCCCCGGUGCCAUGGCGUCCGGAGAGGAGGACGGAGCGCUCGAGGAAAAGGAAACAAACAACAAAAAGCGGACGAAGAGUAUUAUUGCCACAGCAUGGCUCAUGUUCUACAAUAUCGCCAUGACGGCCGGGUGGCUAGUUCUGGCUGUUGCAAUGACUCGCUUCUAUCUCCAGAAAGGCACACAUAAGGGCUUGUACAGAAGUAUAGCACGGAUACUUAAGUUUUUCCAGACCUUUGCUCUUCUGGAGGUUGGGCACUGUGCAAUUGGAAUUGUACGGACAUCUGUGAUCGUAACUGGGGUCCAAGUAUCCUCUCGAAUAUUUAUGGUUUGGUUCAUCGCACAUAGUAUCAGACAGGUUCAGAAUCAAGAGAGUGUGAUCUUGUUUUUGCUGGUGUGGACAGUCACUGAGAUUACACGCUACUCAUUCUACACUUUCAGUUUGCUUAAUCAUCUGCCUUACUUCAUCAAAUGGGCCAGAUAUAAUAUGUUCAUCAUCAUGUAUCCUUUGGGUGUGAUCGGUGAACUGAUGACCAUAUACGCUGCUCUGCCAUAUGUUCGGAAAGCGGGCAUGUACUCUUUAAGGCUCCCAAACAAAUACAACGUCUCCUUCGACUAUUACUACUUCCUCAUCAUUGUAAUGCUCUCCUACAUCCCACUGUUUCCCCAGUUGUACUUCCACAUGCUGCGUCAGAGGAGAAAGGUGCUUCAUGGGGAGGUGAUAGUAGAGAAGGACGAGUAGGAAAACAUAGCAUACCGUACCAACCACCACAGCAAUCAAUUUAUGCUCAGACCUGUAUAACAACAGAGAAGAUUGUAAUAGAUAAUAUCAGACAGGAAGAUCAGUAACCCAACAUACAAAUUGUAAACCAGUGGAAAUGCUCCAGUACCCAAUCUCUACUACAGCCACUCAUUCUUCUGUCAUUAAGAACUGGAUGCGCUUCACUUGGAUGCAAAUACUCCCAGAAUUCCCGAACGCAUCCAAAUUAUGGUCAGUUUAAAGAAGUCACAAGAAGGUUCAUCACAACAAGAACUCUCACUGGAUUAAACGUCAUCUAUUCUGGAUUACACCUUUAGUUCUCUCACAUCCUCUUCUUUAGUUUCUAGUGGAUUAAGUCUCAUUCUGGAUUAAAUCUUUAGUUUGGAUAUAAUUUCACCUUUCACUGGAUUCAGCCUUAUUCGUAUUUGGAACGUAGCCAAGAGUGAAGAAAAGGUGAAGAAAAAGGGUGAAUUUGUAAAUUGCUAAUUACUCUGAAUGCCAUUUGAAAGUUUGGACUUGGCAUGUUUACUCAAGAAACACCAGGAAAGUAUUUUUAACUGCUCCAAUAAUGACAGGUUAAUGCAGAAAAGCAUAUCUUAAGUUUUAGAAAUUGAUUUUACAGCGUUUCACUCGUGAGAAACAUUGUACAUUCAGGCAAUAAAUAAAUAAAUAAAUAAUUGGGUUGGCUCUGUAUUGUAAAUGAGUCAAACCUGGUGUGUUAUGUAAGGAAUGAAACAUCAUAAAACAUGGUGUUAGAGGAAUACAAUUAAUGUGUAGGUGGCAUAAUACCAUUAACACCAUAAGUGCUAUAUUUCUCGUUCUCGUUAAUCUCUACAUCCAUUGAUUAAAUUUAUUGUGGUAAUUAAAACACUUUAAGAAUGUUUAAUGUUGUACAAAGCAGGAUAGUUCCUGUUCGUAAUCGCCAUGAACAGCCAUACCGUCAUCAGGCUUUCUAUUUUCUUAUUCAUUACUUGAAUGACACAAAAGAAAAAACUGAGAACCAGAAAGUACAAAGUUCAAAUGUUGCAAAGUGCUCCAGAAGACACCAGAGAUUUCUCUCACAAAUGUAAGAUAAGGUUUGCCGUAUCGAUUAUCCAUUUUUCUUGGUUAAAUAAUGAGUUGGUCUGUUAAUUACAAUUGAAUCAUUGAGUCAUUGAUUAGGUGGAGCAUCAAUUAAACAAUCCCUGUAAACGAGCUGCUGUUAUAAAACAUUAUAUAACAACAAGCACAUUAAUAUAAUCCUGUGCCUUGGCUUGCAGCCACCACUACACUACCGAGUUGUGUUGUUAGAGAACGGAAAUCAACCCUUUCUGACCAAUCAGAAUUGAGAAUUCAAUCAGGCUAUGGUAUAAAUUUCAAUAUAUUUUUACCAGAUUCUUUUUAUCAGAAUUUGCUCUUUAGAUGCUUUUAUUUAAAAUGUAUAUACAUGAGCAUGGUGUCAGGAUGAAGGGGGAAAAUGUUGCAAAUGUUUGAAAUCUUUUUGAAUACUUCGACUGCACUAUGACUCUGUGUUUCUUAAAUGUUUACGUCAAUAACCGGUCAUUCACAUUUGGUGAGAAUUGUUCAGGGAUAAACAGAAAUAAAACCGCUAACCGACAGGUCAGCAUGAUCUCACUUUGAUUUCAGAUUCUUAGGAAAUCAAAUACAGUAUAUUAUAAAGAGUGAGGCAAUAAAUCUGUACUGAACCCUGACUAGCUCUGUCAGUCUUCAUAGCUUGGUGUCAUGUUAUGUUUUGGUUUAUUCUAAGUAAGGCUAACAUCUAUGUUGACAUCUAUUACAGAUCUAGUAAGCACUAAAUCAGACGAUACAAAGUGUUUUCUAUUUCAAUGUUAGAAAUGAAUUGUUUUUGCUAAAAGAUUCCAACUCAGUAAGACAAAAUCAGGAUCUCACUACAAUCUAUGAACCUCACAGAACCUAAAUAACAGGUAACAUGAAAUAAAAGCACUCGAUCAACAAACCCAAUUUACAUAAAUGCCAUUUAGGUUAUGCUUGGAAGACAAAUUUGAGCUACCAGUGUUAUUUCUCAUUAUAACCUUACUUACGUCAUAGAGUUCAUCUAAUACCUUACAACCAAUUAUAACAACGUGUUAUAACAGGAUUGCACCAGUAUAUGAUUUGAUGUACGAGACCGCCCGAAUUCAUAGCUAACAUAGUACAUGGUCUUAAAUUCAUUUUACAAAAUUACUGUGAGCGAAAUAUUAGAUUAUAAUUAGAAUUAUUGCACAACUUUACUGCAUACUCUAAGCCAUUUUCACUCUUAUUCUGACUGAAAUGGCUCCAAGAACUGUGAUGAUUAGGUCUGGAGGUCAAAAAAAAAAUAGCCUGAAAAUGAUGACAUGGAGUGGCUUCUUAUAUUGUUUGUGUUGUUUUUUUAAGUAACAUUUUUUUUUUUUUUUUUUUUUAGUUGAGUAGUGUCUCUCUCUAUAAGGUGCUACUGUUACAUACUUUCAUUCUUCUGUGCAGCUGUGGAUUAAAGGAAGAGGAGUUAUAGACAACGAUUAGGAAAAAGAAGUGGAAUGAAAUUAAAAAAUGUGAAUACUUAAGAAAAUGAAUAUAUGUUCAUUCAAAUAAGUGCACUGAAAGUUUUUAAGUGUAUUGAAGAUCCGUCGUUAAUAAGCGUAUGGAAUAAGUAAAAACGAUGAAACAAUAAACAUGACUAUGACAAUGCA